AUGAACGGCGAUGCUGGUCUCGUCGGCUGCCUGGUCGAUAGGCUCGCCACCAGGCUGCCUCAUAGAACAGGAACCCAUGGGCAGGAGCUUCAGCAGGACGAUGUCGUUCUCAUCACAAAGUCGACCCUGGUCAAGAUUAGUACUUCUGCUCUCUCCUUUGUGCUCGACUCCCUCGUCGCUCUCCUCGAAGACAUAAUUCGAAACUACAAAGGCAUUCCUCCACUUGCACACCCACCACAUGUUCUUCUAUCCGAAGUUUACGUUCUUGCCUUAGCUGCCGACUGCUGUACCGCCCAUUGGAACCACGUCAAGGCUCAGGGCUUGCGCCAACCUGCAGCCAACACCGACCCCCGCCGUGUUACUCCGGCCAUUGCCCCAGAGCCAUUGGACGAGGCUCUCGUCAACCGAGUCUUCGACUUGAUCAAGUGGCUUGUUGAGCCCACCCCCGAGGGCUACGUCCUGCCCUCCUACACCAUUCUUGAUGAUACACUGAGGCAUACCGACACCGUAGCCCGCUCUGCAAGUGGUCUCGCCUCGCCCCUCCCCGGUGAUAGCGAUGCGUCCGAAGAUGAUGACGCUUUGACCACCACUCAAGCCGCCGUUUUGGAGCCUUGCGUAAGAGUUAUUGUUGAGUAUGUCACGGCUUCCACAUGGUCCUGCUCUUUCGACUACUUCAGAAACGUUGUCUAUACUGUCCGUACCGCAGCCGUUGUACAAGCUGCUCCUGGCCAGUCGGCCGCUACACCGGACGAUGACAAAGCUUCACUGGCGGUGCUAAAAAUCUUGUCCUUCUUCUGGGUCGACGCUCAGAAGCUCGGCCUCAUCAUUCAGGAGAUAUGUUCUAGCUUUUUGCAUUUUCGCAAGUCGUUCCAGAACACGAUAGCCGUCGUUACCCCCUUGCUCAUUACUAGGUGGCUCGAUCGAUAUCCCCAUGAAUUCGUACAACAACAUACUUUGCACAAGCGUCUUGACGGCGGCGCUGACACCUUAUUUGAUAUGACACAAACCGUUGUUGACAAUGGUCGCAAGAAGGGGAUGCUGUACCCGUUACAAACCACUCUGCUCUUCCUUCUACCCGACGUGUUCGAAGUGGCUAGUAAUCUCCGAGAGGCCAAAAGCAGUAGUAUGGCCAAGAAGGUCGGUUUCUUGGACAACCUCAGGAAGGCCCUCAGGAACAAGAAUGAGCAAGCAGCGUACUCUUUGGUGUCCUUGCUUAGGGCAGCGCGCCACUUCGUGGCAGAAGAUGACGCGGCGCUGGUGAGCUACGCCAUGGAUGUCCAAGACGAGGUUCGUGAAGCGGUCUUCCGACGUGGCAACGAUUCUUCCUUGUUCGAUCAAGAUAUGAUGACAGCAGCUUUUGUGAGCUUGGCUGAACUAAGCCUGGACAGCUGUGUCGACUCGCUUAGCCAGUCGUAUCUCAGUCUAUCUUCACCACAGGCCUUCAAGACGGCUGUCGUGCAAGGCUGCCGCUACUUUGCGCGGCAGAGCGAUUCGCAUAUCUAUGAACAACUCUUUGCCGUGGCGGGACCGUUUAUGCGUACCCAACUUAAGGCCAUUGCGGAUUCACCUGCAGAAUCUGGUACUGUGGCGCUCCCGCUACCGCGUCGCGACUCCAACCUGCACUCGUUCACAAAUAUGGCAUGUGAUGUCCUUAGGUUUUUGGAUGCCUCGCCUCGCUCUCUUUUCGACGGCGACGGGCAAGUAGAACCUAGUGCUGGGGCUGCUGACGAAGAUGUCUUUCUUUCUUUCUUGUCUUGCGUCGUGUCUGCCAAUCCUACCAUCCGAAGACUUGCUACAGGCGUCGCGAAGCGCCUCUUCUCCGAUGAUGCUAUCAUUGAUACCCUUCGCACACGCGGCAGACUGAGUUCGGUAGCGUUCAAGAGGGAAUUUUGGAGACGCAGUUCACUGGUUCUGCUGAACAUGUGCAGCCAUGCUACUUCGGACGGAGACGGACUAGAAAUCAAGGCCGUUCAUGAAUAUCUCGAAGCCCGCAAGUUCUUACUGGCGUCGCUGCGUGAGCUCUCAGACAUGCCCGACGGUGUUCCCGAAGUCGAGGGGGCUUCUUCCAGACUCGAGACGACCCUUCUUGUCUCUUUGUGUUCCGCCGACGUCGAGACUUGCCAAACAGUGACAGCGUGUAUAAGGCUUUUCUAUGAGGAAAACAAUCUCGUCGAUAUUGCCUCAGAUGCCGCCAAAGGAUUUGCUACACUUCUUCGUAACGGUGAGGUCUACGGUGAGAUCGCUUCUCGAGCAUUCCGCUUCACCGGGCUCGUGGCGUUCCAGAAACGGGUCCGCGGCCUACUCCGCCGGCUGCAGUAUCCCACGAGCGGUAUUCUCUCGGCUUGGGAGUACGGUUUUGAGAGGUGGCUGCUGCUUUCGAGGGAAGUUUCCAUGACGCCGGUUGAUGUUGUAGAUGACAGAACCUUGACUGAAUGGCGGAACUACUCGGGCUUCCUCGCUUCUCUAGGGGGCAUCUGUACCGCAAACCAAGCAAUCAUUCUCGAGGAGCCUGCGCUAAGCGGAUUAAGAUGGAUUGACAAGCUCCCUUCGGAGAACCACGAAGAGCCUCUAUUGAACAGAUAUCUCACGCUCAGCAUUCAGCUUCUAGGCUGUGCAAACGUCAGGAUCAGAGAGGCUACUCGGGAGGUCCUCUCAAGCGAGGUCUCACCCACGCUAUAUCAGUCUCUUUUCAAAGCCCUUGAGUCCGAACUGGAGGUUCUGUUCACGGGGGCGUUAGCACCGAGCGACAAGGCACAGGAUGUCGAAAUCAUCUUUGCCGAACAGGCCAUUUCCCUCCUGAAAGCGCUCGUGGAGCGUCUCGAGAGUCCUUCAGAUCUCGGUGCUGCCUCGGCCAUACACCUCGGUGCUCUCACUCUCAACUUCGCCAAAUUCCUCGACGGCGUCAGCGAUAGCACCAACACCCUACGCGUCAAGAUCAAGGUCUGCCAGCUGUGUGAGGCUGUCACAAAAAGGAAAGAGCACCUGAAUUUGAGGGACGACGUGCGGAUCAGGAAUCAGCUUCUCGAGUACAUUUUCGGUUGGAUUGCUCGGCCCCGGUCUCCGCGCCUCGAUUCGACUACCAGCGGCUUAAGUGGACGUCUGGACGAGGUCGUGAGGGUGCAAAAGGACCUUGACAAAGCAUGUCUCAAGUCACUGGCUGAGCUUACAUUCCGUCUUCCGCUGCAGCCCGGCGAGGGUCAGACCGAUGCUGGCACAAGCGAACUCAAGUCGCAAAUGUUUCAUACCUACUUCAACCGCUUUCUCUCAUUGCUCAAUCACGAGUCUCCCGAGGGCGGUAGAAAUGAAUUAAUGGCGGGCAUGUCGAGCCGAGACGAAGGUGGAUCUUCCUCGGAGUUCGCCAUCACUAUCCUCUCGAAUUUGCUUAGCGCCAAUAUUGAUGUCGGCCUGAAGCACUCUUUGAACAUUGGGUACCACGACAAUGUGGAGAUCAGGACGGCAUUUGUCAAAGUUCUGUACAAUAUCCUCAUCCAGGGUACUGAGUUUAGCAACCUGACAGAUGCUGCGGUCAGUGAGAAAUAUGAUGAGUUACUCGAGCUCCUCACCAAAGACAUGACACUUGUGGCCGCCAUGAGUGCUGUAUGCCCGAGCAGCGAAGUUGACGAGCUGACCGUUUCUUUACUUACUAUCUUUGAGCACCGUGGUCUCAGCUUCGAGCUGCUGGAAGUUCUCAUCAAGCAAGAGAUCGAGGACACGGAUAACGAGUCCGAGAUUCUCCGGCGGACGUGUGUGGCUACCAAGAUGCUUUCUGUUUAUGCCAAAUGGAAGGGGCAGCCGUACCUAAAAGCCACUCUCCAAAAGGUUGUCGAAAGGUUGAUGCUCACCUCUAAGGAUCUGGAUCUUGAACUGGACCCAGCUAGAGUCGGGUCUACGGAUGAGCUGCAGAAAAAUGCUCUUCAACUGCGCAUUGUGGCAAAGGUAUUCAUUGACGACAUUUGUGCGUCGUCCUCCAGUAUGCCGGCUUCGUUUCGUAAGAUCUGCAACAUCAUUUCUACCGCCGUACUUCCACGGUUCCAAGAAGCCAAAUACACAGCUGUGGGAGCCUUCGUGUUUCUCAGGUUCUUCUGCCCUGCCAUUGUUGCGCCCGAGGUUGAGGGUCUGGUCACGACGACGCCUUCCAAAGAAAUGCGUCGGGGUCUUCUUCUGAUUGCGAAGGUCAUCCAGAACCUAGCAAACAAUGUGCUCUUUGGAGCCAAGGAGCCGUACAUGUUCCCUUUGAACGACUUCCUCACACAAAACAUUUAUCGUGUUACUACUUUCCUGCGUGAGAUAUCUGUACAUCCGGAAAACCUGGAAACUCCACCUACUACAGAGUCGUUUGACUUUGGCUCUUGCGUAGCGUUGCAUCGGUUCUUGUAUGACCACUGGGAUCAAAUGCGACAAAGACUUGUGACCCAAGAGCGAAGGGAUUUUGUCCGGUCACCCGCCGAGGUAUCCCGUGGUCGAUCACCUGUUCUCGAACCUCUUCGGAAUCUCAUUACGAAUCUGGGACCGCCGCCCUUGGCCGUGACCUGGAACAGACCACAAAUAUCGACCAACACGCCUCCGUCAUACUCAAGGUUUCAGAACUUUAUGCUUCGGAACGCCUUCCGCAGCACCGAAUCUUUUAUCACUGCUAGAGCUGUCUACGACGGUGGUGAAAGCAAGGAUUCUCUCUCCAUCAUCUGCAUCAUUUUACGACACAUCGACGCUGAAAGUAUAGACUACGACACUCUCCUGUAUUGCUACUUGAAGAUUGCAAGCCGCUUGUGGCAUAAGCCAUUUGGUCUCCUUAUCGACGCCACUUGUUACAAUGGCCAGAAUGAACCCCAAGACGAUCUUUUCAAGAAACUCGAACAACUCACACCCGUCGAAUUGUCCAAAAACCUAGUCAGGAUUUACGUCUACAACAUGAACAGCGCAUUCAGGAAGUGUUUCCGGAGGCUUCUGCGAGUCUCUGCAAAAAGCGACAGCAGCGUUUUCAACCCCAAGAAUGUCGAUUAUCAUUUGAUCGGCAGUCUGCAGGAUUUACAGGCUCACUUCCACCUCAGCCAACUUCAUCUCCCCAAAGAGACAAUCAGCGUCGUGACAGAUACCCGUUAUGUAUUCCAGCCAAUCACUCGCCUCUCCAAGACAAAGGGCAAAAUCGAAGUAGUCAUCAAGGUUGGUAGUCAAUUUGUACAGGUCACUACCACCAAGAAACAGGAAGUUUUCCCUGGCUACAGGCUGAGCACCACUGUCAACGACAUUUUCAGACUUGGCGAGGUGGAAGAAGCGCCAACUUCAAUUCAGACAGAGGACGAUUCAGCUUUUGGUCUCCGUGCAGACAACGGCAAAAUUGUUAUGUACUUCACCAGCCCUAAAAAGGUCGACGUGCUUCAGACAAUCCGCGGUGCAAAGGCCAAAUAUGGCAAGGACACAAGAGCACACAAGGCCUACGAGCGAUUGAUCCGUCCGCAGGAUGUGCCAGGUACUCUGCUCAAUCUUGCCUUGACAAACUUGUCAAGCUCCGACCAUGUGUUAAGGCUUUCAUCGUACAAUCUCCUCGGAGCCCUAUGCAAGGCUUUCAAAUUUGGCGCAGCUGCGAAUUUGAUGUGCACCAAAGAUGUAUCUGUUCCAAUGGACCCUUCUCAUUUCAUCAUCAAGAUUAGCCGACAGUUAGCGACGACUGAACCACAGCUGACAUUUGACUUUUUGACUGAGUUCUUUGUUGGUUGGGAGACCUUCACAGAAGAGCAAAAGCCACUCAGUCUUGCCUACAUGGCACCAUGGCUUCCAGGGUUACGGACGGCAGUUAUGUCGAAUGAGCCUGAUGCCGAGAAGGGCAAGGAGAAAGUUGCUUCUCUAUUCCGGAAACUCAUAGACGUGGCCAUGUCGGACCACGGGUUGACAUAUACGCUAGAGCAAGUUGUCUGGCCCGCCAUUUAUCAGGACGAAACUAUCCUUGAUAUUUUCCUCGAAGAGCUGAUGAGGGCAGCAUUAAGCUUUGGCUUCUCUGAGGAGCCCAUGGAAGCCUUGUCUUCCAUUGUCUCGGGUAUGGGCAGCAUCACGUUGCGUGGCAAAGUCAUCUCCAGGCUACGCAAGGCGUUGAACCGUUCCUCUCUUCGGCCCACGAAAUACUUGCCUGACAAUGCUGUUUGGCCCGAGAUCUGCGUAUUGCUCCACUUCUGUCUGUCACUGUCCUUCGACAACGGCGUUCAGUCACAGCUGUAUCUCCCUGAGAUUUUCCAUAUCGUCACGAUCCUGGCAAACACCGGUGCUCCAGAGGUACGCUUGCUUGUCCAUAGGCUCCUUGUCAACACCGUACAUGCAGCUUGUACUUCAUUCAGCCUCGACGACGCUCGGUUCAGCAAGCUUAGGGGAAGCUUGGACUUUCUCAGCGAACCCAGGAGCGAAAUCUUCUCAGCGCCGCCUCCGUUCUUACGUGAUGGUGCCUCUAUGUCAACAACGCAGGAUGCCGGGCCUUCGCUUGCUGCCACCGAGAACCUAGCAGCGGUUCUGUUUGAGGUCUGCUCGGUCGCAGCACCUUCAAUCGACAUCUCCAACGCUUGGAGAUCUCGGUGGAUGAGCUUGGUUGCCAGCACUGCUUUCCAGAACAACCCUGCGAUUCAGCCCCGAGCUUUUGCCGUUAUGGGUUGCUUAGCGAGGGAAGAAGUGGACGACGACCUGCUGUACCAAGUACUUGUCGCCUUGCGGAAUAGUGUAGGUCGCUUAGGUGAGGAUACCAACAGUGACAUGCUCAUUUCUAUCGUCACAUCCUUAUCCAAAAUGAUGGCGAAAUUACCCUCGGCGUCUCGAUAUGGUCUGCAACUCUUCUGGCUGGCAAUCUCACUUUUACGACUCGUUCCCCCAGCGCUGUUCAAUUGCACAGCCCAGUUCCUGGAGGCCGUCAUGACCAACAUCAGUACGGUGGGAGAUCUGAGGGGGGACAAGAUGGGCCCUCUACUCCUUCAGGGUCGAGUCCAGCUCGAAGAGGCUGCACUACCUUUGGAUGACGCGUACGGUAUUCACUUCACGGCCGACAACUUCCACUUCGCAGUCUGUGCGUGCCUCGCCCGCGGUCUUGCUGACACCACGACCAAGACCAACGCUACCAGAGUAUUGUCGGCCUUCUUAGAUAUGGCUGGGAAUCCUUCGGGAUAUGUAGGCAAGCCGUCGGAUGAUAUCUCUCGAUCCCCUUACAUGGCUCUUAUCUUGGCCCGAACUGUUGGGAGCGAUGAACUCAGGGACAGUCUGUGGCUUGCUGGCAUCAACCCUUUGCUUUUGGGGGAUGUGAGUGGAACACAGCGAUAUGAGGACCUUGGUAGCAUGAAGGACAAAGACCUCCUCCUCAACACAGCCAUCGAGUUGAUAGAUUUCCAAUACCUGGAGGAUGCGCUACAGAAUCGUACGCUCCGAUGGUUGACUGAGCUUGCAACAGCGAGGCCGGCGGUCACCAUGCACCUUUGUGGCCCAAUAGUCUCCAUCCUAGACGACGUUCUUCUUCAUUGUCAGAAUUCAUCUACACUGGAAUCUGCACAAGCACUUCUCUACGCCCUGACAACAAACCCGAAGUUCAGUACCGCUUUAGACUCUACUACUGUGCUUAAUGAAAUCCUUGAGGAUAUGGGUUUUAGUGGGUUAUGGCGGUCGUGCUCUUUUAACUUUAGCCAGGACCAAGACAGGAAAUGCUUUCUCCUUACUGAAAAGCUAAUAGAA